AUGGAACUAGGGACUAGGAGCGGUAGUUGGACGAGCAGAGCCAGAAGGGGAGAGCAGGAAGAGGAUGUUACUGUUCUGAAGAUGUUCAUGACGCCCACCGCCGCAGCGACCGCCUUCACCGAUAAGCUGCUUCAGCUCAUCCGCCAACAGCGCCAUCUCGCAACCCGCGUCGUUAUCUCAACCCAAGAGCCCACCAUCUCACCACGCCUCCUAGACCUGUGCACGGUAACGAUCGUGCACCGCUUCACAUCCCCGGAAUGGUUUCGCACCCUCCGCGACCACCUCGCUGGCGUCAGCACGCUCGACGAACUGGGAGUGGCGACGAAUCGCGAUGUUCGGAGCAUAUUCGUGGGGAUUGUGGAGCUGGAGCCGGGGGAGGCAUUAAUAUUUAGUCCGUCGGCCAUGCUAGAGCCGGUGGAGGGCAAGGCGCCAAGGAAAUUGGGCAUGGAGUGGCUGAAGGUCAGAGUCAGGAGGAGGCUGACGGAGGAUGGAGGGAAGAGUAUCUUGGCCACUUAG